AUGGCCAACGGAAAUCACACAGCUUUAAGUGAGUUCGUUCUGUCUGGAUUAACGCGUGAUCCACAGGUACAGAUUCCCCUCUUCAUGCUGUUCCUCCUCAUCUAUGUGGUCACUCUUCUGGGGAAUCUGCUCAUCAUUUUAAUCAUCAGAGUCAGUUUGCAACUUAACACACCCAUGUACUUUUUCCUUAGCCAUCUGUCUUUCUCUGACUCAUGUUAUUCAUCGUCCGUCACCCCUAAGAUGCUGGCAAAUUUCUUAGUGGACAGGAAAACCAUUUCUUUCCCAGGAUGUGUGGCCCAGCUCUCUGCUGCAUCUAUAUUUGGGGUAGCGGAGUAUUGUCUUCUGGCAGUGAUGGCAUAUGAUCGAUAUGUAGCAAUCUGUAAACCCCUGCUAUAUAUAGUCUGCAUGCCUCAGAGGCUGUGUGCUUUACUGGUCACUACUUCUUACCUGGCCAGUUGCCUGAAUGCUGUGGCCUGUGUAGCAAGUGUAUUUAGUUUGUCCUUCUGUGGAUCUCAUGAAAUUAAUCACUUCUACUGUGACGUCCCCCCAUUGUUGAAGUUGUCCUGUUCAGACCCCAGGCUUGCCCAAGUCCUUCCUGCUGCUUCCACAGCCGUCAUUAUGCUGGUUACGGUUCUGACCACACUGAUAUCGUAUGUGUACAUCCUGCUGACUAUUUUUAAAAUACACUCCCCUGGAGGAAGGCAAAAAGCCUUUUUCACCUGUGCCUCUCACCUAAUGACAGUCACUUUAUUUUAUGGAACCACAAUGUUUAUUUGUCUGCUUCCCAGUUCCAGCUUCUCAAUGGAUCAGAAAAAAAUGGUGUCCGUGUGCUAUAUGAUAUUGAUCCCCAUGAUGAACCCAAUGAUCUAUAGUCUGAGGAACAAAGAGGUGAAAGAUGCAUUAUGGAAGAUGAUUGCUCUAAAAAAAUGGUCUUUUUAA